AUGUCGCUUACGAAAACCGUUUACAACCUGUUCUUUCGUCGCUCAGCGAACAUUGCUUUAGCCGCUGUUGUUGGUGUAUUCGCUUAUGAACGCAUCAUUAACAAAUCAGCUGAGUACAUUUAUGAACGUCGUAAUCAAGGCAAAUUAUGGAAACAUGUUCAACCACAAUUCAAAUUGAAAACUGAUGAAGACGAAGAAGAAAAUUCUGGUUCAUAA